AUGGUUGGAGCAUCAGAUACAACCAUUUUUAAAAUUCUUCAUGAUCAUCUUGGCAUGACUAAGGUCAGUGCAAGAUUGGUGCCGAGAAUGCUCACGCCGCCGCAAAAACAACAGCGCGUCGAGUGUUCACGUGCAUUUUUGGACCUCUGUAAUGAAGACAAGGAUGAUGUAUUGAGUCGAAUUGUUACUGGAGACGAAACUUGGGCUCAUCAUUAUGAACCUGAGUCGAAACAAGACUCCAUGCAGUGGCAUAAAAAGGGCGCAGCACCCCCUAAGAAGUUUAAGGUGUCACAGUCAGCUGGGAAAAUCAUGGCAACGGUCUUUUGGGACUCGGAAGGAAUAUUAUUAAUCGACUAUAAAGAUAAAGGUGUUUCUAUAACCGGGGAAUACUACGCUUCAAUAUUAGAGCGACUUAAAGAAGCCAUUAAGGAGAAAAGACGGGGAAAAUUGACGAAAGGUGUGUUGCUUUUGCACGACAACGCGCCCGUUCACAAGAGCCGCGUUGCAUUGGCUGCCCUGCAUAAGGUGGGCUUCGAUAUUUUAGAUCACCCACCCUACAGCCCAGACCUGGCCCCGAGUGAUUAUUACCUGUUUCCAAAAAUGAAAAAAGAGCUGCGGGGUAAAAAAUUUACCACCGAUGAUGAAGUCAAGGAGGCAGUUUCGGCGUAUUUUAUAGACAAAGACCAAUCAUUUUUUUAUGAGG